UAUCAUUUCUACUGCUGGACUUGAAGGAUGAGGGAUCCGCAACUACCAGGACUCAACUCCAGACUAGCAUGGCUGAAACGCAAGGACAAGGAGGAUAAGAAAGCCAAGCCAAGUGAGACGAGUGUAACGCCAUUGGACAAAACACCGAAAGUCCUUUCAACCCGUCCUAUUAUACCAGAACUGACCCCAGAACAGAGGAUGAGGCAGACACCAUUUGAGAGGGUGCUUUAUGACAUGAACCAUGACCAGAGAGUAGUCAACGACCUCAUACUGGGCCGGAGGAUCUCCUUCUACGAGCUCAGGGGGGAAAUAGGGUGUGGGAACUUCUCCCACGUUAGAUUGGGUAUCCAUGCCCUGACUAAAGAGAGGGUUGCAAUCAAGAUUUUGGAUAAGCUUCGGCUGGACAAGAAGUCUCAGUCCCUGUUUGCCACAGAGAUCAGCUGUAUGGAGAAGCUGUCCCACCCUAACAUUGUUCGUCUCUAUGAGGUGAUUGAGACCACCAAGCGCCUGUACCUGGUGAUGGAGUAUGGUAGUGGAGGAGACCUCUACUCACGUAUCACCAACCGGGGGCGUCUGUCUGACCUGGAGACCAAGCUCAUCUUUGCCCAGAUCAUCUCUGCCAUCAAACACAUGCAUGACAACAACAUUGUCCACCGAGACCUGAAAGCAGAGAACAUCUUUUACACCACCAGCUACUGCAUCAAGGUGGGAGACCUUGGCUUCAGUAUCGUGAGUGCUCCAUCUGAAGUCCUCACCACGUUCUGUGGCUCCCCACCCUACGCCGCUCCAGAGCUCUUCAAAGACAAAGGCUACGUGGGUCGUUACGUGGACAUCUGGGCCUUGGGAAUCCUGCUCUACUUCAUGGUCACCGCCACCAUGCCUUUCCACGCCGACAACCUUGGUCGUUUGAAGCGCUGUAUCAUGCAGGGAGCCUACGCCUUCCCUGAAUAUGUACCCAACCCCUGCCAACUGGUCAUAAAGGGCAUGCUGAGGUCCGUGCCCGCUGACCGUGACCCCAUCUCCCUGAUAAUGACCAGCACGUGGCUGAAGAGCAUUGAGUACCCUCGGGCGUACGCCCCCCUGCCCCAGACACCCUUUCACCUGGCUGAAACCUCCCAGGUCCUGUGUGUGGAGGAGCAGGAGGUGAAGUCGGCCUUGUCUGAUCUGGGCAUCAAGGGAGUCCACCUGCAGAACAACACCUAUACAGACAAUCGCAGCCCCCUGACGGGGACAUACCGUAUCCUCCUCCACCGUGUCCAGAAGAGGAGGUCUGUGGAGGCAGUGGGAUACGCAGCCCUUUACCCUGAGGACUUUGGCAGUAAGAACGGCAGGACGACCACUGCUGUUAUGGAAAAGCACAACCCUACCAGUGUCUGUGUUAUCCUAUAGACCAGGGAUUUUGCAACAGUUUUUGAACCAGGGACUGGAAAAUUAUGGAUCUUCUCUUUGGAUUAAAACAAACAAUUUUGGUGGGCCACUUAUAAUGAAAUUGAACACUUCAGAAGUGAAGUUCUCCCAUAACUAUGAACUAUCUGAGGGACCUGUCAGCAACAUCUCAGGAACCGGUGCUGCUCCAUGGACCUCCAUGGAGGUUGAGAAAUAAUGCUACAGAGUCUGGCCUCCUGUAUAGCCAGGCUCCACCAGGAGAGAAUCACAAGACAAACACACACCACAAACGCACACACACAUACACACACUACACUCACAGAUUUGUUGUCGCGUAUUCAUCGCAGUACAGAUGAUAGAUAGAUAAAUAGCACCAUCUUGUGCUUACAUUAAUCACUCCUAAGAAAUCUGUGACAGAAAGAUACAAUGGUGAAAAGAUUAAGAUUUCAGGGUUGUACUGUAAAGUACAUUAAUUAUAUUGCAGCUUUAUGUACUAACAAGGCUACAGUAAUUGACUUCAGCUUGUUGCGACGUUACAUCACUCAAUAGGUCUAUGUUUUGUACAAUUGGCUUACAGUGAGAGACGAAGGAUUAAUAAUACUAUCAGCAUCUUCCAAGCCUACUUAGUCCUGUGCUUCGUCAAAAUAUAACUAAGGUCAUGCUCGUGGAAGGACAUGGCUAAUUUGUCUUAGCUGUGAUACAGGAAAAGUGCUUUGUUCAGAUAGCAAUUGUAAGGGAGUCAGGCACGAAGCACUGGCCAAUGCUCUGAUAUUUGGAUUACAAUACUUAGGUUUAUCCUCAAAGACUUGUAUGCCUUCAACAUUAAUGUAAAUAUAACAAAUAUAUAAUCUUUUGGUAAAUUCACAAGGUAAAUUCACAAGCUCUAUUCACAAGUACAUUGAAAAAUGUGUAAAACAUGGAUGUUUUGUGCACAGUUCUUUAUUUUGGCUAUUCUGUGGCUUGGAAGUGCUGAAGAUGAAUAUCUUUAUUAUGAUAUAAUGUAAUUAAAAUGCAUUAACACAUUGCUUAUGUAGAUAUUUUUGUACAGUCAUUUUAUAAAUGCUUUACUGAUAUAUUUUAUGUGGAUUAAGUAUAUCAGUAAAGUAUUUAUAAAAUGUUAAUAAAUAUUAUUUGCCAUUGGAUGUACCCAUUAAUGCUCAAGAGAAAUGUCAUUUGAAUAUAUGCCUGAGAUGAGUAAAAAAAUAAAUAUUGCAUUGUGUAUUGCUAUACCAUUUAAAUAAUUAAAAAUAAAUAAAACAUACACAUCAAGACAAAUUCAUUAAAAAUAUUAUAAUAAUCAAUCACCUCUUGUGAGUUCAGGGGGCAUCCCUGGUGCUAGUAACAGUGGAAAGGUCCAAUUUGUAAGUCGCUCUGGAUAAGAGCGUCUGCUAAAUGACUUAAAUGUAAAUGUAAAUGUAAAUGUCUUUAGGGAAGACUGACAAGUUUAUAUUGUGAGUAUCCCCUAAGUGGAAAUCUGAGCAGCAUUUGAAUAUCAUCUGUGUACUUGAAGCACAUAUUUGUUCAUUUUUUACAUCAUGGACAUCACAGAACCUCAACAUCUUACAGAAAAUAGAUACUGGAGAGUAUGUUGUUCUAUUAUCAGCCAAAGUCAAUAAAAGUAUAAAACUUCCAAAGCCUUUUUAGAGGUUUUGCAGGUUCUUAUGAGGUCACUCAUAACGCAACCUACGCUCUCAUAAAAAUCAGGACGGUUGGAUUGUAUAAACAUUAGCAGUUUCUCUAACUGCCCUCCCAUCUUACUCAACAUACAUUUCCCCUGAAGCUAUUACCACCUCUAUGAUCCAAGCAGUGAUAAAACCUGUCAGCACUUUACCUUUUCUCUCAUUGUGUGCCAGGUUCUUACAGUUUGUACAUGUACCUGUUCUGUUCCUCUCCAUUGAUUGGCAGUCUGGCAGGGCAAUAUAUUUUGCAAUAAUGAGAUGAACCCCAGUCAUGCCUUUGUCAAUAAGGAUCCGCACCUUUAAAAAAAAAAAUUGUUGACAUUUUUGCCUAAAAUCACAUACCCAAAUCUAACUGCCUGUAGCUCAGGACCUGAAGCAAGGAUAUACAUAUGCUUGAUACCAUUUGAAAGGAAAUACUUUGAAGUUUGUGGAAAUGUUAAACCAAUGUAGGAGAAUAUAACACAUUAGAUCUGGUAAAAUAUAAUUCAAAGAAAAAAAUGUGUUUUUUUGUAAUUUUUUUAAAACCAUCAUCUUUGUAAUGCAAGAUAAAGGCCAUAAUGUAUUAUUCCAGCCCAGGCAGAAUUGAGAUUUUGGCCACUAGAUGACAGCAGUGUAUUUGCAAAGUUUUAGACUGAUGCAAUGAACCAUUGCAUUUCUUU